CAGGCAGGCGGAGGAGGAGGAGGGAGAGAGGGCGACCUGCAGGUAGCCGGCUCCGGAGGCUGGCGUCGUCGCGGGUCCCGGGUGCGAGUUCGGCGAGGAGGACAGCCCUGGAGCGAUGCUGCCGGCGGCGCGGGCCGAGUACCUGCCUCCCUGGUGGGCCUCCUGGCUCCACGGCCUCCCCCACCUCAGCCUCCGCCUCCGCCCCGUGGACAGCGCCUUCAGGCCCCGGGAGCCCCAGUACCAGCAGUCCUUGCUCUUCUUGGCCCUGGUGGGAGUGGUUUUCUUGGGUCUCAACCUCAUCUUUCUCAGCAUCUAUCUGAUCUGCCUGUGUUGCUGCAAGAAGGAGGAAGAGACAGAGACAAAAAGACCCAAUUCUUGCUGCAUUACCUGGACUGCUGUGGUAGCUGGUCUCAUCUGCUGUGCUGCUGUUGGCAUUGGCUUCUAUGGCAACAGUGAAACCAAUGAUGGGGUUUAUCAGCUGAUCUACGCCCUUGAUAAUGCUAAUCACACACUCUCAGGGAUUGAUUCGCUGGUCUCAGGCACCACCACGAAGAUGAAAAUAGCUCUGGAACAGCACCUGGCCCGGCUGAAUGAAAUCUUUGCCACCCGAGGCGAUUAUGUGCAAACGCUCAAGUUCCUGCAGCAGAUGGCAGACAAUAUUGUGCUACAGCUAUCAGGGCUCCCCACCUGGGGUGAUGUCACUGUAGACCUGUCCCAGGUUGCCAGUGAGGUCAGCUAUGUGGAGUAUUAUAGAUGGCUUUCCUACCUCUUGCUGUUCAUCCUCAACCUGGUGAUCUGCCUUAUUGCCUGUCUGGGCCUAGCUAAGCACUCCAAAUGUCUGCUUAUUAUGAUCCUGUGCUGUGGGCUUUUCACACUCAUUCUCAGCUGGGCUUCUUUUGCAGUGGAUGUUUCAGCAGCAGUGGGUACCAGUGACUUCUGUGUGGCUCCUGAUAAGUUCAUUGUGAACAUGACGAAAGAUGACCUCAGUACAGAGAUUGUGCAGUACUACCUGUAUUGCACCCAAAGUCUCACCAAUCCCUUCCAGCAGGCCCUGACUAUUUAUCAGCGCUCUCUUACAACCAUGCAAAACCAGAUUAAGGGCCUCAUGCAGUUUGCUGUGCCUCUUUUUCCUACUGCCAAAAAUGAACUGCUUGGCAUACAGCAGCUGUUGAACUACUCUGAGACCAGUCUCCAUCAGCUGACUGCCAUGUUGGACUGCAGAGGCCUGCAUAAGGAUUACCUGGAUGCCUUGAUCGGGAUCUGUUACGAUGGCGUGGAAGGCUUGCUCUACCUCAUUCUCUUCUCUCUCUUGGCUGCUGUGUCCUUCACCACCAUCAUUUGUGCCAUGCCACGUGCCUGGAACCAUUUAGCCAGCAGGGAUCGAGAUUAUGAUGACAUAGAUGAAGAGGACCCUUUCAAUCCCCAGGCCAGACGUAUUGCUUCCCACAACCCCACCCGUGGGCAGCUACGUAGUUUCUGCAGCUACAGUAGCAGCCUGGGCAGUCAGACAAGUCUCCAGCCUCCAGCACAGACCAUUUCCAAUGCCCCAGUGUCUGAAUACAUGAACCAAGCUGUGCUCUUUGGUGGGAAUCCACGCUAUGAGAACGUCCCACUGAUUGGAAGAGGAUCGCCUCCCCCCACGUAUUCUCCAAGUAUGCGAGCAACCUAUCUAUCGGUUAAUGAUGAUCACAGGCGACCGUACGGCAACGAAUAUCCGGCCUAGGAGCCAACUUGUAAGGAAACCCACACAAACUUUGUAGCCUAGCCCGAUGACAACAGAAGGCAUGUGGACUACAGGGAAUAGGAUUGCCUACCUGAUGAAGUGGCAGAGAAGGGUGCUCAUAGAAGGAGUCAGCCAAAGAAGACAUUCACUGGCACCCCUGGAUAGUCUUCUGGGGCUUAUCCCAUCUGUUCGACUGGCAGCUGUUUUUCUCACAGUGUUCAUAGUCUUCCUGUCUUGUACACGUAUGACAGUGUCCAGUGCUUCCAUCCCCAGACCGAACAGCUCUGAAGUCUUUUCCUUGAUUCAUCACCUCUUCCUGCUCCCUUUUUGCCACCAGUGCAUUGUCUUCCCUGACCUUAUUUUGAUGGGGUCAGAAGAAGGUAGAAUUAGGAUUUGGACUGUCACAUGUUUGUGUACAGGUUAUCCAUUCCUAUUUUCCUCUGCACUGACUUUGGGGCUCUUUUGUCCAUCACCGAUGGUGUGAUUUGGGCUUCCUUUUUUAUUAUUAUUAUUAUUAUAUUAGAGCAAAUAAUAAGACCAGUACACUGUACAGGUUAACAAAGCACCGACAUGUGGCGUAUCAUGACCUAAGGAACGUGAGGUGCUUGCCAUGAAAGAAAACGCUCCUCACUUCUGAGUCAAAUGCAAUACCAACCACUAGAGUGAAUUUCAUUUCUCCUCUGGAGUGGCCUCUACACAAAGGCCAUGCCUGGCUUGGCAAUAUGUUGCUUUAUUACCAUCACCACCGUCAUCCCGUUUUGACAGCACCAGUGGUGUAUAAAGUACGAGAUCCAUUACACAGUAUUCUCCCUUGUCAUCUGUUCCUUUGCUUCUAGAAUUGACAUGAAACUCACCAACUGUUGCUGUGGUGGUCUCAGGUAUUAUAUGGAACAAACUGAAUUUUUUGUUCUCUUAUGAUUUGUUGUUGUUGUUGUUGUUGCAUGUAUUCUUUGUUUUUUCUUCAUUGUUUUUAUAUCAGCUAUCCAAAGAACAUAAAUUUUUGUUGUCCUUUUUACAGAAUUUUUAUUACUGACUGCAUUUUUGAAGAAAAAUAUUUUAUGAAUUAACUUCUGUUUUUAGCACUGAUCUUUCCAAAGAGAAAAAAAGAAAACUAAAAUUAAUUUCCAUGAAAGCAGUCUCUGUAUAUCAAAAGUUAGACACAUUCAACUGUUCUUUUCUCCCAAUACUUUGGGGGGGAUAACAAUAACAGGAAAAUUGGAUUAGUAGGCCAUAAGAAAACAGCUCUAGCUUUUCAAACUGUGGGACAGAGAUCCACACAUGGAUGCUAUGGUGCUCUUGGAUUGGUUAUACAAUAAUGGUUGCUUUUCUUCCAUUCUGCUGAAAACACACCAUAAUGUUGUACAGACCCUUUAAUAGGCAGGUCCAUUACCUCACUCUAUGCCAAGGAUGGGGAAAUUGUAACCUUCUAGACACCAGUGGACCGUAUCACUCAUAUCCCUUACCAUGAGCUGGCUAUGCAAGCCAACAGUAUCUGGAGGGUCACACAUUCCCUGUUCCUGUUCUGUGUCAUCCUUACAUUCCAUUCAAACACCCAAGACUCACACUUAAUUAAAUUAGUAUUACAAAUGAAAAAUACAGCACCAAGCUGUUUAAUGAUAGCUGUGCAUUUUCUCCUCAUAGGCGGCAUUCACACUGCAGAAAUAAUGCAGGUUGACACUGCUUUAACUGCCAUGGCUCAAUGCUAUGGAAUUGUGGGAAUUGUAGUUUGUUGUGGAACCAGAGCUCUCUGACAGAGAAGGCUAAAUGUAUACCUCCUAGAAUUCCCCAGCCAAUGUGGGAUAUUGAGAGUUGCAAUCCAAAAGAAGUAACUUCAAAGUUAAGGACUCUACACCAGGGAAGCAUUGUGGUUGGUGGUCAAAGUUCUCCUUGCUAAGGGAUCCUCAAGCCUUCCACCAGUAUGGGUUAUAGGCUACCAGCAGCCUGGAACCCCACUUCGGUAGCCCCACAAGCCUCAUGGAAUCUCCCCAUUUAAAAAAGAAAAGCAAAUUUUUAGUGAUUUUACCCCAAAAGCUGUACCCCAAAUCUUUAAAAUAUGAAAAUACCCUCUAAUCCACGUUGAACCCUCCAUACUACUUUAUCAGGCCACAUAACUGCCAAAAGGGCUGUCAGAAGUUAUGGCAUAUCACUAUGGUGGGCCCUUGAUAUACGCUGGGGUUUAGUUCCAAGACCCCCAUAGAUACCAAAAUCUGUAGAUGCUCAAGUGCCAUUCAAUACAAUGCUGUGAUAAAAUGGUGUCCCUUAUAUAAAAUGGCAAAAUCAAGGUUUACUUUUUGGGAUUUAUAUCUUGGAAUAUUUUCAAGGCAUAGACGGUUGAAUCCAUAGAUAAAGAAUUUGUGGAUAUGGAGGGCCAACUGCACUAGUUGUCAUUUUUGCUGAUAUGCAGCUUAAAGGGUGGUAUUUUGGGAAAGAGACAGGCAGAGACAGCCCAUGGGGCAGGGGUAGGGGAGGUGAACAUCCGCCCACCAAUUAUUCACCCUUGCUCUCUAGAAUGUUAUGGCAGAGGUUAGCACACUCUUCCUUCAGUAAUGUCUAUUCCAGUUUUGGUUGCUAAGUCAAGCCUAUAACCUUGACUUGUUUGUCAGUGUAGGAACUGGCAUUCAGUACAAACAUGCAGUAUCAGAGAACAAGAUUCCCUUUGUCCUUUUCUCUGUGAAUGUAUGUGUGUGUGAGAGAAGAGAAUAUAUGCUACCUAACCAUGAUGGGUUUGCAGGCAGUGGGGAGAGGUAUUGAAGAAAGGGCAUCAAAAUAUGUCCAAAUAAGGUGAGUUGAAUGGCCUUUCACCUGUAGGUUCUUUCCAGUGCUAUACUUUUGGUCCUAAUUUCAGCUUUUUUCAUAAGUACGGUAUGUAAUUCUUAGGGGUUUUUUUUUGGUUUUUUAAAGGCAGUGAGGUUGAAUUUGCUUAGGCUGAUGAAUUUUCCCACUGAGUGGUUCAACUGCAUAUACCUGGAGAUACAGUUGGAAAAGAAAGCAAUAUAUAAACUCUCACGGGAACACAAAAUGCAAGGGCCUACCCACUCAAGCACAAACAACCUAGAAAACAUUCUGAAGCCUCAACAUUCAGAAUAGCUUCUGACAAGUGCUACACAGGGGUAACAGUGCAAAAAACUGCAGAGGUGCAGAGAUAUCCUCCUUUAGCACCUGGUGCCACAUGGCAGUUUUAAUUACUUGACAGCAAUGACUCACUGUGUCUUUUUAUCAAGGUUAACUUGUACAUAUCAUGUAUGGCAACAUAAUUUGUACAUUCAUCUUAAUAUGGGACUUGUUACGGCAUAAGGCAUGGGGAAGGGGAAACCCUGAUUUGAUGCUUUUAAUUGUGUCAUUGUAACAAUAUUAUUUAAAGUGGGUUUUUUUAACAAAAACAAAAACACCGCAUGUAAACUAACAUCUCAGGCUCCUUUGGAGCUUUGCCUGAUUUGUAUGUACUGACUGGGAAACAAUAAACACUUGGACUA